AUGGCAGACCUGGCUGAGAGCCCUCAAGAAGCCCUGGUCGGCAGUUCAGGCAAGACGGCAGAACUGGGGCUGGCUAUGCAGCUAAGCCUGCUGCUGCUGUUCCUACUGCUGCCCGGCCCCCCAGUUGCCCCCGGCAUGGAGGACGCCGCCUUCCCCCACCUGGGUGAGAGCUCACAACCCCUGCCCCGGGCCUGCCCCCCGCGAUGCUCCUGCCCCCGGGCGGACACGGUGGACUGCGAUGGCCUGGACCUGCAGGUGUUCCCCGACAACAUCACCAGGGCUGCUCAGCACCUCUCCCUGCAGAACAACCAGCUCCAGGAACUCCCCUACAAUGAGCUGUCACGUCUCAGCAGCCUCCGGACCCUCAACCUGCACAACAAUCUCAUCUCCUCUGAGGGCCUGCCUGACGAGGCCUUCGAGUCCCUCACCCAGCUGCAGCACAUCUACGUGGCCCACAACAAGCUCUCAGUGGCCCCCCAGUUUCUGCCCCGUUCCCUCCGAGUUGCAGAUCUGGCUGUGAACCAAGUGACAGAGAUCUUCCCGCUCACCUUUGGGAAGAAACCGGCGCUCAGGUCCGUGUACCUCCACAACAACCAGCUGAGCAACGCCGGCCUGCCCUCUGAUGCCUUCUACGGCUCCGAGGCCGUCACCACCCUCAGCCUCUCCGACAACCAGCUCAGCUAUCUGCCGCCCAGCCUGCCGCCCUCUCUGGAGCGGCUCCACCUACAGAGCAACCUCAUCUCCAAGGUGCCCAGAGGAGCCCUGAGCCGCCAGACCCACCUCCGUGAGCUCUACCUCCAGCACAAUCAGCUGACGGACAGCGGCCUGGAUGCCACCACCUUUAGCAAACUGCACUGCCUCGAGUACCUGGACCUGUCCCACAAUCAGCUGGCCACCGUGCCCACUGGCCUGCCCCGCACCCUGGCUGUGUUGCACCUGGGCUGGAACCGCAUCCGGCAGGUGCAGGCCGACCGGCUGCAUGGGGCACGGAAACUGCGCUACCUGCUGCUUCAGCACAACCAGCUGGGGGCGGCAGGGCUGCCUGCCGGGGCGCUUCGGCCUCUGCGGGGCCUGCAUACGCUGCACGUCUACGGCAACGGGCUGGAGCGUGUGCCCCUGGCGCUGCCGCGCAGCUUGCGGUCUCUGGUGCUGCUCCACAACCGAGUGGCCGCGCUGGGCGCCCACGACCUGACCUCCACACCUGGCCUGGCCGAGCUCAACCUGGCCUAUAACCGCCUGACCAGUGCCUGCGUGCAUCGCCGGGCCUUUCGCUCACUGCGUGUCCUACGCAGCCUAGACCUGGCUGGAAACCAGCUCACCCGGCUACCCACCGGCCUGCCCACCGGCCUGCACACCCUACGACUGCAGCGCAACCAGCUGCGGGCUCUCGAGCCCGAGCCGCUGGCCGGCCUAGACCAGCUGCGGGAGCUCAGCCUCGCGCACAACCGGCUUCGUGUGGGCGACAUUGGGCCUGGCACCUGGCAAGAGUUACAGGCCCUCCAGGUGCUGGACCUCAGCCACAACGAGCUGUCCUUCGUGCCUCCCGACCUGCCUGAGGCCCUGGAGGAGCUCCAUCUGCAGAGCAACCGUAUCAGCCACGUGGGCCCCGACGCCUUCCUCAGCACACCUGGCCUGCGUGCCCUCUUCCUCAGGGCCAACAGGCUUCACAUGACCAGCAUUGAGCCCGAGGCCUUCCUGGGCCUCCUGCACCUGCAUGUGGUGGACACGACGGGUAACCCGGAGCAGGUCCUGGUCCAGCUGCCACCCACGGCCCCACAUCGGCCACGGGCAUAGAGCCCCUGAGCCUGAGAGGCCCGGCAGAACAGUCCAGAUACCUGGGGCUCUGCUGUGGACUAAAGAGAUAGCACCCACCUGGGGCCUCAGUCUGGCUCUCGAAGGCCUUGAGGGCAAGGCCGCCUGACUCAUGAUGGCUGGGAAGCUGGGGCGCCUCCUCCACACACAGGGACUGAGGCAUGCAGCUCAUACACGAGGUACAGUGACCACGUCAGCCCUGCCAGCCAUGCCACCACUCCCCACAGAUGGACAGCAACA